AUGCUAAUUGCAUCUUAUUUACUCCAUAUAGUGUUGUGGUCGCUUUUCCAGCUCCUCGUCUCCUCUAGUUCCGCUGUGUGGGAGAGAGACGAUAUUCCGAGUUGGCACCAGUAUGUUCGGGCUCCGUCCAGUAGCACGGUGACUCCGAAGAAGGUUCUGGCGGGGUAUAGCAAUGGCAAUGUCACGAAUGCUGGUGGCUUGGUUGAUGGUUCGGGGACGACGUACUUGAGUCGGUCUGAGAACUCGAGUGAGGUGCCGACUGUGGUGGUUGAUUUCGGCCAGAACGUGGUUGGGCUAUUGACCAUCGACUUUGUUGGCGCCAAGAAUUAUACACAUGGCCAGCCAGGGAUCAAGCUCAUAUUCUCGGAGACGCUUGAGUUUCUCGCAGAUAAGAGUGACUUUUCGAGAUCUGACAAUGGUCGAGGGGAUGAUAAGAUCACCAAUGCGACCGACCAGAUCGCCGUCAAGUCAGAGCCUUACACUUGGACAAAUCAAUGGGGCUGCGAGUUCAGCAGGCAGGUCUGUUCAGAUGGGCUUCAUGGCUUCCGAUACGUAAAAAUUGCGCUAGACGCCCUCCCUGAAGACAGCCCACACACGACUUCAUUUGGUGAAGUCGGCAUAUCGUCCGUCAAGGUUCAGUUCUACGGCUUUUUGGGCACGCCAGACACCUUCACCGGAACAUUCGAGUGCUCCGACAAGGACCUCACUCAGUGGUGGUAUGACGGAUCAUAUACCAGUGAAAUGUGCAUCGAUGUAUUCCGCGCCAACGACACCGAGCUUAGGGAUGCUACCAGUCCUUCCCUGGUUGGAAAAUUGGUGAUCCACGAUGGGGCAAAGCGGGACAGAGACCCUUACAUGGGAGAUUUGGCUGUCUCGGCACUUACUAGCUAUUUGACGCAUGAUGUUGAGGAGGUGGCUAGAAACGUUAUGGAGGACCUCGUCCAGCACCAGCGUAGUGAUGGUUGGAUACCUCCGGCAAGCAUUAACAAUUACGGGCUCCAGCUCUUCGAUUACCCCCUGUGGUGGGUAUCAUGCAGCUACGAGCACGUCAUGCACACCGGCAACCUAUCCUACAUCGAAUCUUACUAUCCGAACAUGACCUUGCUACUCGACACUUACUACCCUCAACACACCAGCUCCUCCUCAGGCCUCCUAGUCCGUCAAGAAGGCUACGGCGACUAUGCAUUCAUCCCCCGCGACGGUUCAGCUGCCUACUACAGCGCGCUCUACGUCCUCUCCCUGACCCGCGCCGCUGCCCUUGCCGACUUCCUCCUCAAGCCCGACGACGCAUCCCGAUGGCGGGAUCGAGCUGCCACCGUAUCUAAAUCCUUCGUAACCGAACUAUGGGACCCGGAAGCAGAGGCUUUCUUUGACCGUAAAUGCACCGGCAAGGGUUGCGCGGCCCACGCCCAGGACGGGAAUAGUCUCGCUAUCAUAGCGGGCAUCGCUAAUGAUACGCUUUCAGCAAAGGCGCUGAAUUACCUUAAUACGUCUAUGCGUCACGAAUACGGAAAUUCCUUCUACGACGCUGCGGGAAAUGAUCUCGUAGAAGAAGCAUCCGAUCGCGUCUAUGCUUUCAUAUCCUACUUCGAGAUGAGCGCCCGCUUUGCAUCGGGACACACCGAAUCUGCACUCGAUCUGAUCCGGCGUACAUACGGGUGGAUGGCAUCCCACGACCCGGGAAUCACAUUCUGGGAGGGGAUAGGCAAGGAUGGGGGCUUGUACGAAGACGGGUUUACGUCCAUGGCGCAUGGGUGGUCCACGGGCAUCGUACCAUUGUUGAGUACGUAUGUCCUUGGGGUUAGUGCUGUGAAACCCGGGUUCGAUGAGUGGAGUGUUAAGCCCAGGACCGGGGGAUUGGAGGGGGGUUUGCGGGUUAGGUGGCAAAGGAAUGGGGAGGGAAGUGGGGAGAGUUAUAAUGUUUGGGUCCAUGCGCCCAAGGGGACGAAUGGGAGUGUUAGUGUGCCGUGGGAUGGGAAGGAGAAUGAAGGCAAGGAGGUACAUGUUGAUGGGAACAAAGUUUACGACGGGAAGGGGACAGUGGAGAUGGGCGCUGUGCUGGAGGAUGGCUGGGUGAGGGUUGGGAUUCAGGGUGGGGAGGAGCAUGUUGUCGGGUGGAAUGGGACUGCGAGCGGCUAG